AAUUGUAACAAUCAUCUCAUUCGUUUCUCGUCCAACUCUACCCACACGCUAUGCAACACCCAUGAGCUAACGGAGGGAGCAUCCCAUGACGACUACAGUUCGACCUCUUCAACCCCCUUUAUCCUGAAUCAUGACAGUGGAUGGGUAGUAGGGCCCAAAAAUCGGCUCUUAUUCUGGGUACCCCCCGCUUCUCGACACACAUUUUACAGCCCUGCGACUGCAUUGGUGAUACCCGGAGGAGGUCCUGAGCUUGAUUUGAGCUGUAUGGCACAUGGACAGCACUGGCAAAAGUGUCGAGAGGAGCCUUAGUAACGACGAUUAUUGCAAGUGAUGAAUUCGUUUUAGAUAUUUCGGAUAUAGUUUGGACGUGCCCGAGUGUACAGUGGAUCAUACAUCGUGUUCAAUUCUAUAAAUACCUACCAUGUAGCCUGAUUUCAAGCCGAGGAGCUGACUGUGGUACUUAUGAUGUUCAUACUGGCUCGUCAUAACACAUAACAAUGGACAAGCACACUGAUUUCACCAGAGAUGCAGUUGCGCAUGCGCCGUG